AUGUGCUGCCCAGAUGUGUCUCCCACCUCCACCUUCCUCGUAGGACUCGUGUGCUUGACAGCUUUCAGCAACUUUGCUAAGACUUCUGCAGACUUCUCAGGUUACAUAUCACAAGUACUAAAGAAUUACACUGACCAUGCCUGCGAUGGAGAAUAUGUCUCCCUGAGAUGUCCUCACAGAACCACCAUCAGCAUCCAGUCUUCUUUUUAUGGCCGUAUUGUACCAAGCCAUCAGAUGUGUCCUUCUCGCUAUCCCCACUCCUAUGCAACUUUAAUUAAAGAAGAUGUUGCCUGUUCAGUUGGCACUUCCCUUCAGAAGAUGCUGGACGAGUGCCAGGACAAGCGGAGCUGCCAGUUUCUCGUCAAUAGCCGGCUCUUCGGUGCAGAUCCGUGCCCUGGAACCGGCAAAUACCUCAUCGUGUGGUACAAGUGCAGGCCAAAUGAGUACAAGAGUAAAGUAGCCUGUGAAGAUGACAAGCUGAGGCUAAGCUGUAAGAAGAGCAUGGUGAUAGCCAUUUACUCUGCUAUCUUUGGAAGGACACAAGGAGGCAGCCUGGAGUGCCCAUACCAAACCCUAGGGAUGCCCAUGAUUGAAUGUCAGUCGGCUUCUGCACUCCAACUCAUGAUCAAGCGCUGUCACGGGAAAAGAAGCUGCAGCAUAUAUGCCAGCACCUAUGAAUUUGGAGAUCCUUGCUACCCAGGCAUCCGAAAGCACCUUAAUGUCAUCUACACCUGUGUUCCCAAGAAGCUUCUGCAUGAAACCCAGCCAAGACCAACCAAUUACCAAGGAUUUCAGAAGCCACAUUUUCCACUGAGGCCAAGAGUGUUUGAUCCCAAUGUUAUAGAGGACGGCGUGUUCCUUUCUGAUGUCUCUCCUUCCAACAUAGGGCGUGCUCUCCCAGCAGAGAAGAAGAAAGGGAGAUCGGCCAGCUUCUACCCUCUAGACAACACCCCCUUCCUGCUUCCCGUGGAUGAGACACAACCGCUGGCGCCCGACAGCAGCAUGGAGCCCGUGGGCGUUAGCACAGAGAUGGCACUGCUCAGCAACAUCCUAGCAGCGUAUGCCUUUGUCACAGAAAACCCCGAGCGGGCUGCUCUGUAUUUCGUCUCUGGAGUGUGCAUUGGACUUGUCUUGACCCUGCUUGCUCUGGUGCUAAGGGUGUCCUGCCGAACUGACUGCAAACGCUCCUCCGUCAAAAAACCCCCUCGGGAGCGGGAGAGCGACAGCGACAGCAGUGACAGCGACGACGAUUCGGACACCACUUCGGACCUGUCGGCCCGCAGGCACCGCAGGUUCGAGAGGACUUUGAACAUGAACGUCUUCACUUCGGCGGAGGAGCUAGAGCGAGCUCAGCGGCUGGAGGAGCGGGAACGCAUCAUCCGGGAGAUCUGGAUGAACGGCCAGCCGGACAUCCCAGGGACCAGGAGCCUCAACCGUUACUACUAA